UGAGGAUGAUGUUUUUCUUAAGUUGCUAUACUUGCUAAGAAGAAAAGAGAGCAAAUACCAUAAGUUAGAAUUAUUUCAAUUAUUUCACACAGCCUUCUUCUCCGAUACAAGUUUAAAGACUGUGCAGAACAAACUUUUCCUUUAUUGUCGUGUAUGACAUACGCAAGAAUAAUAAAGUGACGAUUUGCAUUAUGGUUUAAUACUUUAGUUGUGCAUCCCUAAUCACCAAUGCCAACUCUAGAUUUUGCAGAAAACCGGAAAUGAAUUUCUUAUCUUAGGUUGGUUCUUUUCUUGGGCUGGCUCCUCCUGCCGGAAUGGCAAGCGGGUCGGACUGUGAGCUUGGUGCGGAAAGCGAGCGCUUCGACGCCGAUGUCAGCGAGUCGGAGAGCUCCACCACUAGCACUAGCUUUUCCUGCGACCGCCAGGCCCCUUCCUCCUCUCUUUUCUCAACUUCACGCGGCCCAGGCCGGAAUUCUCCACCACCGGCCCCUAUCAUGUUGCCGGAGGUCUUCGGUGGAAGACACGUCAUCAUUCCGGCAAUGAAGCCCCACAAACCUGAAACCGAAAUGUCAGAAGUUGAAUUGAUGAAGGAUCGAUUUGCAAAGCUGUUGUUAGGGGAAGAUAUGUCUGGUGGGAGACAGGGAGUGUGCACUGCUCUUGCUGUGUCUAAUGCCAUUACAAAUCUUGCAGCAACCGUGUUUGGUGAGCUCUGGAAACUGGAGCCAUUAGCACCUCAGAAGAUAUCAAUGUGGGGUCGGGAGAUGGAAUGGCUUCUCUCUGUGAGUGAUUCCAUAGUGGAGCUUGUUCCUUCAAUGCAGGAAUCUCCGAAUGGCGGUGGGGCCAUUGAGGUUAUGGUGCCUCAACCACGCUCAGACCUGUACAUCAAUCUCCCAGCACUAAAAAAACUAGAUGCAAUUCUUAUAGACAUCUUGGACGGCUUUCGGGACUCUGAAUUUUAUUAUGUUGAACAACAGAUCGAAACAUGCCCUCGUUCUUUAUCUACACACAGGCCUUCGAUUAGGCUUGAAGAGGAUGGAUGGUUAUUACCGCUCCCGAAGGUCCCACCAAAUGGUUUGUCUGACAAAACAAGAAACCAGUUGCUUCAAUGUAGGGAGUGCACAAGCCAAAUUUUCAAGGCUGCUUUGGCAAUAAAUACCACUGUCCUUUUUUUGAUGGAAGUGCCAAAAGUUUACUUGGAGAGCUUACCCAAGAGUGGAAAACAGGGUUUAGGUGAAAUACUGUACGCUGACAUUACUAGUGGCCAAUUGUCCUCGGAGUGCCUUCUUGAUUAUUUGGACCUCUCAUCAGAGUAUACAGCUUCAGAAAUAGCCAAUAGAGUUGAGGCUGCUAUGCAUAUCUGGAGGCAAAAACACCACCGGAAGAAGAAGCAACGCAAUCCAGUUUCCAAAAGUCGGUGGGGAGAAACGAUGAAGGGCCUGAUUGGUAAUAAUAAUAAUGAUAAUAAAGAAAGGGAUAAAGUGUUGUCAGAACGAGCUGAGGCCAUCCUUAGGAGCAUGAAGCUAACUUUACCUGGGCUCCGCCAAACUACAUUGGAUAUUCAAAAAAUUCAGUAUAACAGGGAUGUUGGGCAAUCGAUCCUUGAGAGCUAUUCUAGGGUGUUGGAGAGCAUAUCAUUCAAUCUGAUGGCAAGGAUAGAUGAUAUGUUGUACAUAGAUGAUGUCACCAGACGGCGUGCUGUUGUAGAGUUCAGCCGCAGAGGAUGUUAUCUGCAGAGACAUGCUUCUUCUAGCUCGCUUUCAUACCAACGAAAACCUUGCAUGUCGUUACGUACAGGCAAAGCAUCAUCAUUAAUUAGCUGAUAGUCAAUAACCAAUGCGUUUUUUCCCUCUUCCUAGAGAAAAGCAUAUACUAGUAAUAUUUUUAACAUUUUCUGAUUUUCUACAACUUUUCUGUUAAGGAUGGUUCUCUUAGGCUGAAUUUUCAAAUUUGGCCUGGUUUAGCUAAGUCUGGUCAAUCAUAAGAAUAUGCAACACACAAUUUAUUCUGGGACAAGAUCCUCUAAUUCCAAGUUUCCAAUUCAACACAUAUAUUCCUAGCAGAUAGAUAUUACAAUGUUUCCAUGCUUAUUUAAUAUAUAAUCCACUUCAAA